AUGCUUGCUGAAUGGUAUGCCAAGCAAGGCAGACAAUCCUUCAUGUGUUACGUGCUUCAGCACAAAUACACUGAUGCCAAUCUCCGACUGCACAAUCUCAAAGGUGACGACUACUACCGCUGUUCUCAGCUUGACAGAGCUUGUCAGCCAAAUGGUCGCUGCUGCGUCUUUCUCGCGCGGCUGGAGCUGACCGUGACUCGAAUCAACGAAGAGGAAUACUGGGAAGAGGAAGAAGAAAAGCUCUGUUUAAACGGUGUUGUCACUCUACAGGGGACUCAAAUUCAAGUAUCCCUAGUGAUCUCCAAAGACUGCCUCGUCCAGAGAAAUGUGCAUGAGUCUCGUGAGCACGACGAACAAUGGGGAGGGGAACACUUGGGCAACCAGCAUGCUGACAUCCAACAAGUUUACCGUGAUGCUGUCGCUGUCAUUGUUUCCCGCGACCAUAUGACGGAAUUUCUCCUUGGAAAUGGUCAUAGGCUUGAGGGUUACUGCAAGUUUCUCAAACGACUCCUGACUCACCUCAGGGACCCGAAUGGCGAUGAGCGUCAUCUCUUCCGCGAAAUGAUAGCCCAGUCAUGUCAAAAGCACAUUGAAAGACGGUACACUAACACUGGCGACAAAGAUCAUUUCAUGGGCGCAACAGCGGUAGCGUCACUAUACAUCGGGAAUCCUGAAGCAGCCAAAGCCGCACUUCAUGCUGUGGAGGAUACCUUCGACACGUCUACCUUCGAGAGCCUCGGCAGAAUGGGGUUCCAAAAAACGAGAGCAUUUUGCACAGAAGCUUUUUCUCGCAUGUCGAAACUGCACCUAGUUGAUCGUGGUCUCCGAGCAUACCGCUCUGGUAUACCCAGCGCUGAUCAACCGGGCACCAGCAAGACAUCAGAAGGUGCUGUCUACAAAUGGGCCCUGGAUACCCUCUGCGAGGUUCUGAAUUCGAUCAUAGAGGUCUUGCCCCAGGAUGCAGGUGCCGUGAUCCAGAUCAUGGAUACCUAUGAAGACGAAAGACUGUGGAAAAGCGUGAACGCUUUUGUGGGUCGCUUUUUGGAUGAUGCGACAUUCGCAAACGCCCUCCUGGCGGAAAUUCUCUGCUACUCCAAGACUGUUCAGAAGUCAGACUCGGUUGCGAAACAUCUUCUCCCACCAAUUUUGGACAGGGCCAUCUUCUGUUUCCGGUUGCAACACUUUUCGUCUCUUUCGAAACCAAAGUCACGCCGCGAAGACUAUCCAUUUUCCUCGUGGCCAGAUAUUGAUUCACAACAAGAGAAAGUCGAAAGGGACGCCGCUGUUGUUGCAUCACUGUAUCGUCAAGUUGCGAGGGACAACUUACACAAGACGGGACAGCUGCUUGAAAAUAUCGCGGUUGGCACUGCAAGCAUUGACCAAGACGAUUUCGAACGCUUUGUUAUCCCUCUCCUGCGCGAAAUGAUCGAUAUCACCGAGCAUCAACCAUCUGAGGCUUCUGUCUUCUAUUCUGGGAUCAUUUCUACUUAUAUUGAGAGGGUGGUUCAGAAGGAGCCUCCAAAGCCCCAGGACUGGUCCCUGCCGGACGAUGCCAGAAAGUGCUAUGAAUCAAAUUGCACUUAUUGCUCCCCUGUACGUCAGUUUCUGGAGAAUACAAGCCAAGAAUACCAGGAAUUCCUUGUUCCUGAGGACCAGCGUUACGUCUUUCUUCACCAUAUGCCGUAUCACUACAAGUGGACCGAGGAGAGAAGCGGAGAGCAUCGCAAAGUCAAGGUCAAUAAGUCACUCGAGCCUUGGAAAGGAAAGCACGAGGAAUGGCGGCGAAGGGCUGACCGUGCCCAACGGGCUCUUCGGUCGCUACCUGAGACUCCAUUACGCCAAUGCCUUGGAGACGGCGAGUAUGAGGACUUGAUGGAACUUAGAAUUGUCAAAGUGCCCACUGAAGAUAUGAUCAAGGGCUCGGCAAACCCUGUCCAGGCAGAAGCAGCGACUGGGGGGACGAUGGAGGGGAACAAGGAAGAGGCAAACACCGUGGGGGACAAGCGAAAGAGGGAAGACGCUGACCUUGGUGGUCAGAAGAGGAAAAGGUAA